AGUAAACGUAUUAUUAUUUUUGCAAUUGUACGCACCAUGAUCUCCAGGCUUAUUAUCUUCUUUAUUUAUUGGAGCAGAAACCUGUACAAGUUUCUCUUAUUGCCGUAAUUUCUAGCUCCCCCGCAGCGGCUAUGAAAUCACUCUCUGAGGGUCAAAUCCCGCCUAUAAAGCGUCAAGGCAGGGCCGCCCAAGAUUACACUCAGUUCUCUCUCUUAAACGGCACUGCCAUGUCUCGUCAGGUUUUCGUAUUAUUCGCCAUGGUGGCUGUUGCCCUUGGCAGCACAGUCCCGUCAUACAAUACUCCUGCGCCAUCCUAUAGUGCCCCAGCCCCAAGAUACAGUGCUCCUGCCCCAUCCUAUAAUGCUCAUGCCCCUUCGGGCCCUCUCAGUACAACUUCAAUACCAGUGGGAGACUACUCUGGGAACGACUACAAUCUCAAAAAACCUGCAUUUUGGCCCUUGCACAUCCUUGAUCCCAGUUUUGCAGAGGAACUGGUGAGGGAUUUUGGUCUGAAAUUCCCUCCGUGUGGAAACCCAUCCUUGCCAGGUUUAGGGACGGAAGUUAUAGACCUUUCCAUUGGAGCACUGUGCCCUCCCUUUUAA